AUGUCAUCGCAAAAGGCUUGGGCGGUUGUUGCUGGCGUUGGACCCGGGACAGGUGCCUCUGUUGCCCGCCGGUUCGCACAAAAAUAUUCCGUUGCCUUGCUGGCUAGAAAGUCUGCCAACAUCGAUCCUGUCGUGGAGGAGAUCACUGCCGCCGGCGGUAAGGCUAUAGGCAUCAGCGCUGAUUGCUCCGAUGGAAAGAGUGUGAAGAAGGCAUUUGAAGAGUUGAAGAAAGCGAUGGGAGGUGCGACCCUUGCUGCUGCCGUUUACAACGUAGGUGGAAGAUUCAUCCGCAAGCCUUUUCUUGAGCUUUCCGAGGAAGAAUUUGAGAGUGGAUGGGAAGCGAACGGACGUGGAGCAUUCCACUUCUCACAAGCCGUGCUGCCACUGCUCUUGGACAGAGUCGAUGCAUCUCCAGAAUUCCCUCCCACUCUUAUCUUCACCUCGGCCACGGCCGCCAUGAAAGGGUCAGCCCUGUGUGCCUCAUUCGCUGCAGGAAAGUUCGCUAUGAGAGCUUUGGCACAAUCGCUAGCAAGAGAGUUCGGACCUAAAGGCAUUCACGUCUCGCAUGCCAUCAUUGAUGGGGUGAUUGAUAUUGAAAGAACAAAAGACUGGAAGUUCGACCAUCCGGACGCAAAGAUCAAACCUGAAGCGAUCGCCGAUUCAUACUGGUAUCUGCACACUCAACCGAGAACAUGUUUUACUAACGAGCUCGAUAUCCGGCCUUAUAUUGAAAAAUGGUGA